GUUUUUCUGUUCUCUUUCUUUUCUCUCGUUUGUUGUUUCAUGCUUUCGAUCCCCCCACCUUUUUAAUUUUUCAUUUUUUUAAGGGGGGGAAUCGGCAUCGUUGUUGUCAUUAUUGUUGUUGUUGCCGUUAUUGUUCAUUUCAUAUUUUUAAAACGUUCGUUGUGAAUAAAACCGAGAUGGAGGAGGCUCCCCGGGAGGAAGUGAUGGGAGUCUCUAAAGGCAAACGCACUAAGCGCGUUAGGCCUCAGUCUCUGAUACCUUUCAUGAUGAUCAGCGCACAUUCAUCGUCCACCGGCGAUGGAAACAACGACGGCAUGGUCCACGAAGAAAUCAGCAUUGUAAACAACAACAACUACAACAACAAUAAUUCUAGUCCUCCACCUGCCACAUCGGACGAAAACUUUCCUGACGAGGAAGUUGGCCCCACUGAGGAAGAGGAAGAAACCGCCAAGUGUCUAAUCCUCUUGUCCCAGGGCGGAUCCCAAGGAGGUCAUCAUCCUUAUCAUCAUCAUCAUCAGACCCCACCUAUCAAAUUCUUUGAUCUUUUCAACGAUGACAUGGGGUUGUACCAACCCAAAUUCAACAGCAAAAAGUACGUGGAGACGACCGACCUAGGGAACGGUGCCAAAGCCGGUACGUACGUGUACGAAUGCAAGACAUGCAACCGAACAUUCUCAUCAUUUCAAGCACUUGGCGGCCACAGAGCAAGUCAUAGAAAACCUAAACCACUCACAAUCGAACCGAAAAAACAACCAUUCUUUUAUUUCUCAUAUCAAGACGACCCCUCACCAACCACCACCACCACAACACCAAACUACAAACACUACAACAAAUUAUUGUCACCAACAUUGUCACCUCUUUCAACACAAUUCAGCAACAUCAACAUGGAUAGUACUCCAAAUUACAACAAAUCAUUACCAUCACCAAGAAUCCACACAUGUUCAUAUUGUGGUGCUGAAUUUACCUCAGGACAAGCAUUAGGUGGACACAUGAGAAGACAUAGAGGGGGUGCUAAUACUAACAAUACAAUUUUGUGUUUAAGUCCAUUAAGUAUUGAUCAAGAAUCAACUAAUUACAAUUUGAAAAAACCAAGAAAUGGAUUAUCAUUAGAUCUUAAUUUUCCAGCACCACAAGAAUAUCAAAAUCAUCCACCAAAAUAUCCUCAAGAACAAGCACAAAAACAACAACAAGAACAAGAACAAGAAACAGCUCUUGUUUUGUCCACCACCCCACAACUUAUUGGUUGUCAUUACUGACGCAUGCAUGCAUGCAUGCAGAGACGGAUUCAGGAUUUUGAAUCUACAAAUUUCGAGUUUAUAGCAAAAGAUACGUGUUACUGGGUUCUGGAUAAAUUAUUAUAAAUAUUCAGUACGGUACGGAUUAAUUAAUAUAAAAUACAUGAUUUUGAGCGAA